UUUAACCUGGGACUGUUGAAACCGUGCUGUUGCUGCUCUACCCGAAGCCUCUUUCUCACUGUGUAUGUCUGGAGAGUUUAGUUUCGCUUAGCAACCGGAGCGACCGCAUUUCACGUAAGUGCACAGGGAAGUGGAGAGAGCAAGGACAGAUAAGGAGGAUUCUGCAUAUCUCUCGCCUAUAAUACUGGGAGUGAGUGUGGUUUACCUCUUUGCCAUGCAAAUGGGCGCUGCUGCUUCGCUAGCUCCUCUAAAGCAACGCUGGGAUGUUAAUUGUUUUUAAUUGCAUGAAUUUUUAGACAGUUAAUGACGCUACUGUUUUUUAGGUUCUAAAGCCACGGUAGCAAGUUUUUGGUGUCGUUUUCUGUGGAAGCACAUGGUUUUGCGUCUCAGGUUGAGAAUGCAUGUCUGGAUGUAGCUGAUUGGAGUAACAGUUGGUGAUCAGAGAGUGGGGGGAGGAGGAGAGACACUGAAAGUGGUUUUUCCGUGUGUCUCUCCAGCGGCCAUGUUAACCAAGAAACCCUGCGCUGCCGUCUACCCUACUGUCGCUGCAGGCAAAGGGGGUGAGGGCGUUUGCCAGUUGCAGUCAUCCCCCGGGAUCAGUACAGGGGGUCUACGGACUGGAGCAGGGACCGACCCGCCGCCGCCUGUCCCGCUGCCGCCUCUCAGGAGCACCUGCACGCUCUCGGUCGGAGACAGUAAGCACACAAUGAACGACCACCUGCACAAUGGUACCCACCAGCAGAUCCACGUCCAGCAACUUUUUGAGGAAAACAGUAACAAGCGGACGGUUUUAACAGCCCAGCCCAACGGCCUCACUUCGGUGAGCAAAGCUGGCUUGCUGUCGGUGCAGGACAGGCAGCUGGACAUUGCCCACCGCCGCCAGGGCAGCUCCAGCUCCCUCAAGUCCUCCGACGGGACAGGGAGGGCAAAAGCCUCGCCCAUGGCACCCGAACAGGCCAUGAAGCAAUACAUGCCCAAGCUGACGGUGUUCGAGCACCAUGAGAUCUUCAACUACCCUGAGAUCUACUUUUUGGGUCCAAACGCCAAGAAGAGGCCAGGCGUGAUCGGGGGCUCCAACAACGGUGGCUAUGACGACGACCAGGGCUCCUACAUCCACGUGCCCCACGACCAUCUCGCGUACCGCUACGAGGUGCUCAAGGUCAUUGGCAAAGGCAGCUUUGGCCAGGUAGUGAAGGUCUACGACCACAAGGCGCACCAGCACGUGGCCCUCAAGAUGGUGCGCAACGAGAAGCGCUUCCACAGACAGGCGGCGGAGGAGAUCCGCAUCCUGGAGCACCUGCGCAAGCAGGACAAGGACGGCUCCAUGAACGUCAUCCACAUGCUGGAGCACUUCACAUUCCGCAGCCACAUCUGCAUGACCUUCGAGCUGCUGAGCAUGAACCUGUACGAGCUCAUCAAGAAGAACAAGUUCCAGGGCUUCAGCCUGCCGCUGGUGCGCAAGUUCGCCCACUCCAUCCUGCAGUGCCUGGAUGCUCUGCACAAAAACAAAAUCAUCCACUGUGACUUGAAACCUGAGAACAUCCUGCUGAAGCAGCAGGGCAGGAGCGGGAUCAAGGUGAUCGACUUCGGCUCCAGCUGCUACGAGCACCAGCGGGUCUACACCUACAUACAGUCACGCUUUUACCGGGCUCCGGAAGUAAUCCUCGGCUCCAGGUACGGAAUGCCCAUCGACAUGUGGAGCCUGGGCUGUAUACUGGCAGAGCUGCUAACGGGUUACCCUCUCUUACCAGGAGAAGAUGAAGGGGACCAACUGGCGUGCAUGAUAGAACUGCUCGGUAUGCCAACACAAAAGCUUCUAGAUUCAUCCAAAAGAGCCAAAAAUUUUGUCAGCUCCAAGGGUUACCCCCGGUACUGCACUGUCACAAGCUUGCCAGAUGGCUCCACGGUUCUGAACGGCGGGCGCUCGCGCAGGGGGAAACUCAGGGGCCCGCCAGGCAGCAAGGAGUGUGUGACGGCUCUGAAGGGCUGCGACGACCCCCUGUUCCUGGACUUUCUGAAACAGUGUUUGGAAUGGGAUCCCUCUCUCCGCAUGACACCCAGCCAGGCCUUACGACACCCCUGGCUGAGGAGACGCUUGCCAAAACCCCCGACCGGGGAGAAGAGCACCACCAAGCGGAUCACGGAGAGCACUGGUGCUAUUACAUCCAUUUCCAAAUUACCUCUAACUUCAGGCUCCUCCUCCUCUAAGUUAAGGACUAAUUUGGCACAGAUCACCGAUGCCAAUGGGAAUAUCCAACAGAGGACAGUGUUGCCAAAGUUAGUUAGCUGAGAUGGAAUCCGAUCCGUCACAACGGGAAUCUAAUUAUUAUUAUUAUUAUUAUUAUUACUACUACUCUUUUUAAUAUUAUA